AUUAUUUUUGUUUAUAUAUUUUGUUUUCAUUUACGGUUGGAUUUAAUUAGGCGAAAAAAUCUGGAGACCUGGCCUUUUACCUGUAAUGAACACAAAAACCGAGAGAUUCUUGCAGUAGCCGAAAACCAUGGCUCACUCAAAGAAGGCGCGUAAAGCCGCCGGUGUAGCAAAUUCCCAGAAGUCUUCGAAUAUAAGAAUGGAGAACACAUCGGAGUCAGAAACUAAAGAAAAUUCAGGCGAUACCCCCUAUACAGGAUCUCCCACAGGCGACCAAUUCCUGGAAAGUUUGAUUCAGACCCUCUACAAGUCAUGGUUUCAGGUGCGCCGAUUAGCAGAGUUUGUCAUGUCCGAACUGGGUGGAUAUGAUAUGCUGGAGACCAUAGCAGCCUGGUGCGCCCGGAAUCCGCAUAUUGCUAUCUGCCUGCUCGCUGGCGGUCUGGUCUUCAUGCUCCCAUUCCUUAUAAUCUUUGGGUUUGGAAUAGCUACCAUGGUUAUGACGUUCACUGGUCUGCUGGUACUUGAAGGCACACUCCUGACCAUAGUAUCUAUGGUGUUCUUCACCUGCCUGGCGGGAUUCGCUAUUAUGGUCCCUCUAUUUGGUGUCGCCGCUGUAGCUGCCUAUUUUGGUUUUACCCAAAUAUAUGGACUUUGUGAUGGUAUGGAGCGGCAUAAGAGCGCCUUUUUCAAGUUUAUCAGAGAUCAACGAAAUACCUACGAUCGUCCACAAACUCCUGUGACGAUUUCUGAGUUACCCACUUAGAAUUCAUAGCCCAAAGCCGCUUGCCCAACAAAUAAAUAUUCAUACAUGAAUAAAUCAGUGUUUGGAUAUAUCCAAAAUGAAAAAUA